AUGGCCAAAAUUAACAAGGUGGUGUGUGCCAACGUUUGUCUAUCGAUUGUUUGUGUGUUGGGCAUUAUGGGAGCAAUCGCAUUGGCUGCGCUCUCGAUUGUGGAUGCUCUUGAUUCGGAUUUGAGUAAACUUGGCGUUGCUUUCCCAGAUGGUUUUUGCAAAGAUACUCACCUGAGUGAACGUCGUCCAUUUUCAAUGACUUAUAAAGUUGUAGAUGGUGUUAAUCACACUGCUACUACCUACAAGAUUUGUGCUGAUAUGCUUCCAGGACAUCUUGAAGGAUACAAUGGCACCUUCUGUCUCUAUCCACCAAUUCCAAGAGAUGCCGAAGGUAACCCUGUUCUCUCAGAUAUGAACUUUCAUUGUGGAUUUGAUUUGGCAGUAAUGUUUGAAAGAUUUGGUUUUGCUGCUGGGUUUGCUCUUGGAAGUCUUUUUAUUUUACUUUGGAUUGUUCUCACUAGAAAGAAUAUUGAAAAGAAUUCAGUUAAAUGGGUUGGAAGAGUUUUUGGAGGUAUUCACACCGUUUGGACUAUUUUGAGUGUUGCAGCUGGAUUUUACUUGAUGAUAAGAGAUGCUCAUCGUGUCCAACAAAGUAAUGAAUAUUGUGAAACAUUUAGACAAACUUAUUGUAACCCUGUUGGAUUUGGUGAUCCAAUUGUUGGUUGUACUUGUAACAAUUUGAACUAUGUUGGUAUGCCAUUGUUGGAAGCUAUUUUGAUUGUAAUUUAUACAUUCUCUGUCAUUUCAACUAUUUUCAGAUGGUUUGCUGAUUAUAGAGCUGCCAAAGAAGGAUAUACUGAUUUGGAUGCAGCUGUGGCUGAUUUGACCAGAAAUCAAUAAUUAUUUCUUUAAAAGAUUACAAUUUUGUUAAUUUAUUCAAUACUAUAAAUAUAUCUAAAUUAUUAUGUUUGUUUG